UGCUUUUUCCUGUCUAAACAGAACUUAGCAAUAUGGAAUUCGUUAAGCAUAACCAUCCCCUAAUCCUUGAUCAAAACUUUCACGGUGGUGUAGAAGAUGCUUGCCAUCUCUGCGACGAGCCUUUACGCUCUCCACUUAUGCACUCCGUCUAUCGUUGCAGCAGCAGAACUGAUGGCGGCAAUAUUGCUGAUGAAAAUGUUGAUUGUGUUAACCUGUUUGUGCACAAAAGCUGUGCAGAACUGCCCCUCAAAAUUACAGACUACUUCAUGCACCCACAACACCCUAUUUCCCUCGUCCCAGUAGAAUCAACCAACUCGAAUUGGUCCUGUUCGAUUUGUCUAGAGGAUUCCUCGAGUAAAUUCAGAUAUUCUUGUCAUUCUGUAAAUUGUCUAGACUUAAAAGUUUGUCACAAAUGUCUUACAUCACCGCGUGUUCAUCAUCCCGGUCACAAUCAACACGAACUGACCAUAGUCCAGCGUCCAGCCUCUUUCCGCUGUUAUGCUUGUGACAGCAAUCAUAAGGACUCGUCGUCAUGUAAGUGCAACAUUUGUCCCUUCUGGAUUCACAUGAGUUGUGCUCUCUUGCCUUCUUCUUUCCGGCUUCCAUUUUAUAAAAUACGUAGAUCGCAUAAACACACGCUGCUCUUGGCCUAUUCUAUUCCUCCACUCUAUGCUAAAUUUAACCAAAAGUGCAAAAUCUGCGAGCUUCUCUUGAGCCCGGCACAAUGGCUUUACUAUUGUGCCAGUUGUAGAUUUUUUGUGCAUUUUCGAUGCGCUACCUCCAUUUGGAUAACCAAAUCAAAGGAGAGGAUUCCAUGGACUGAUGGCGCUUCCAUUACUGGAUUAUUACGCAGCAUCAACAGAAAACCGUCAAAUUCUGAAUCUCCUGAAUCUGACGAUGAUAUGGUGUACCUGCCCAUGAGUUCUGAAUCUUCAGUACAAUCUUGGCGACGGCUUUUAAUCUCUCGCGUAACGAGUAGUCAUGAAGAAGAUAAGGAUGUGAUUAAUCACUGGUCUCAUGAUCAGCAUCCACUAUUUCUCAGAAAAAAAUUUAGUACUCCUCCCUGUACAAAAGCACCAGCGGUGAAUUUGAACAAUGCUGACGAUGACACCAUCAUAUUAUGUGACGGUUGCACAAAUGCCAUCGACUCUAGUAACACUUCGUAUUAUGAAUGCCGCCUGUGCAAUUAUUUCCUUCAUCGUUGCUGCGCUGAGUUGCCUAAACAGCUACAAUCCCCACAUCUAUUCUACCGAAGAUUGUUAUAUGAUUUAUCUUCGAACUAUUUAUUCAGAUGUGGAGUGUGCUUUUUGCUGAAAAGUGGGAUGCGCAUGAGCAUUAGGCAUUACCAACUUGAUAUCGGCUGUGCUUCGUUACCUAAAUAUAUCAAACAUGAAGCUCAUUCGCAUCCACUUACUCAAGUCUUAGGCCUGAGUUUUUCGCGGUGCCAGGCAUGUGGACUAUCUUAUGAAGAGGAACUUAACUUCGACUGCACAUUUUGCCACCGCUUCAAAUUAUGUGGAACAUGUGCACUGAGACCACGGAAACUUGAGCACCGCUGGGAUCCUCACCCCCUGACCUUGAUUACGAAUCCUGAAAACAUCAUCGAAGAUCAUCCUCAGGAUUACAAUUGUGAACAUUGCUCUGACGACAUAGACACAAACUACUGGUUCUAUCAUUGCGGUUUAUGUGAUCUAUCUUGUCAUAUGAGUUGCAUUAAAAAGUUUUACAGGUACUCUAAUAUCAAGUUCAACACCUCCGGUAUCAAGAUUGAGCAGAGGCUACACGAGCACGGCCUUACACUUGUUUUAAUCAAAAGAAAGCGUCGCUGUGGAUGCUGUGAUUGCGACUUUGAGAAUGCGCCAAUGCUUCAAUGCACGCCUUGUAGUUUUGUGAUUUGUAUAUUUUGUGUCAACCCUGGCCUUAAAUUACGAUAUGGAUCAUCCUUAUGAUUUGAUUGUAAGUUAUUAAUUUGGUUUUAUGCAUUGGUAAGCAUUAUUGGCUUGUUAAAUGAUUUAUUCUUGGUAGAUGGUGCAAUUAAGUUGAAGAUGAAUGA